AUGUAUAGGGUGGUCAGCGUUCACGCUACGCCAGCCAACGGGCUGCUUCUGCUGGGCAUCCUGCAGCAGCUUCAGCUCGUCAACGACGUGGGGAAGCCAGACUGGUGGCAGCGCUCGAGAUCCUUUUCAUUGCAGCUGACCGAGUUCUUGCAGUCGCAGGUCCCCUUUCGUCACGUCGACUCGGCCAUCGGGGGCAUGGGUCCGAUUUUGGCGGCGUCCUGCAUGGACAAGUUUGUGCCGUCGGACGCUCGGGUUGCCACGAUUGAGUACAUCCCAAAUAUUGGGUAUACGGAGGAAGAUGGCGAUGAGAUAAGGUCGAUCGAGCGAAUCACCCAUCGUCUGUGGGGCCUGGGCGCGCAGAUCGUGUUUGUCAACAUCCUACCGGGCACAAAACGGUUUGCGGGGUGCGUCGGCCAGACGCGUCGAUACGGCUGUCAUACACGAGCGCGCGUGGCCGCUUUGCGCGACCGAGUCGUCGACGUGGCCCUGAGGUACAAUGCGUCGAUCGUGACUGUCGACGACGAUAGCAAGCGCGAUAAGCAUCUCUUUAACAAGGACCACAUGCACAUUAGUCAGAAAGGUCACCACCACGUGUUUCACCGGCUGCUGGGCAUGCUGAACGUCUCAGAUUUGUCCGGGCCACCGAGGAAACGCAUCAGCGACGGACAGACAGGCACCGUCGCGGAACUCGGCGUGACGUGCAUGACCGGCGACGACAUUGCGGGCGUUAUACAGCGGCGGCACCGCUUCGAACGCGUGACUCUCGAUCGUCGGUCCCCUCCAAAGGUCGGAUGGGAGACGCGUUUGCCACGAGCAAGCCUCGCUAUGUGCCUGCCUCUGCCGCGAGGCACCGCCGGCGUUGUCGCAAAACGCUAUCGGCUUGCCGUCGGCAUGCAAGUUGCAGGUCCGUCCUACGUUCCUGCCUACGGCAUCAUGCGCGUUUCGUGUCACGGAGGCUGCCGUUGCCGAUGUAUGCCAACUUCGGGCAGGGCGUCGUGUCUCAACGGCACGUCAUACGACACGCGCGGUGCAUCCAACGUGGCCGUCACAAAAUUCUUCAAAUACGUGACGUGGCCCAUGGCGAGCAACGCAACUCCGCGCAAGGGGGCAUGCAGCGCGCCGAGCUCGUGCCUGGUUCGCGUGCACAGCUCUGACGACGAGACACGGAAUCGGAUCGUCCUCCGUUCGCUAAUCGUUGGCAUCGACGACUGGCACACGGGGUGGAUCAACGAAUACCACACCAGCUACGCGCGCAUGGACUCGCGGUAG